CUGACACUUAUUCAACACUGCCACCUUAAGCAGAUUACUUUUGCGCUCGCCUGUGUCAAAUACGUGCUUCACUUUGCCUACAUCCAUCAUGUUUGGGAUGCUCCAGCACCACCUUCACCCGGGUGUUCUUUUCUUCUUCUUCUUAUGGCUAUGCCAUCUCAUGGAAGAUCAAAAAGUUCAAGCUGGAAACUGCUGGCUGCAGCAGGGGAAGAACGGGAGGUGCCAGGUGUUGUACAUGCCUGGGAUGACCCGAGAGGAGUGCUGUCGGAGCGGGAGACUGGGGACGUCCUGGACCGAGGAGGACGUCCCCAACAGCACGCUCUUUAGGUGGAUGAUCUUCAAUGGCGGAGCUCCUAAUUGCAUACCGUGCAAAGGUGGAGAAAGCUGCGAAAAUGUCGACUGCGGACCCGGUAAAAGGUGCAAGAUGAAUAGGAAAGGUAAGCCGCGCUGCGUCUGCGCUCCAGACUGCUCCAACAUCACCUGGAAAGGUCCGGUGUGCGGCUCAGACGGCAAGACCUACAAAGAUGAAUGCGGACUCCUGAAGGCGAAAUGCAAAGGCCAGCCCGACCUGGACGUGCAGUACCAAGGAAAAUGCAAGAAAACCUGCCUCGGUGUCCUGUGCCCGGGAACCACCACCUGCGUCGUGGACCAGACAAACAACGCAUACUGCGUGACGUGUAAUCGGAUUUGCCCUGACGUGGCGUCAUCUCUGCACUACCUGUGUGGGAACGACGGGAUCACCUACGCCAGCGCCUGUCACUUGAGAAAGGCCACCUGUCUCUUGGGCAGGUCGAUCGGUGUGGCAUAUGACGGAAAAUGCAUCAAGGCCAAGUCAUGUGAGGACAUCCAGUGCAGUGCAGGAAAGAAGUGUCUGUGGGACGCUCGGAUGAGCCGGGGUCGCUGCUCGCUCUGCAACGACUCCUGUCUGGAGAGCAGGACGGACGAGGCGGUGUGCGCCAGCGACAACACCACAUAUCCCAGCGAAUGUGCCAUGAAGCAGGCUGCUUGUUCUAUGGGGGUGUUGCUGGAAGUCAAGCACACAGGAUCUUGCAACUCAAAUACCCUCUCCUGAAAGUGUCCCUUCAUCCCAACUCUUCCCAUGUUUCCCUCACCAGCUACAUCACUCCAGCUAUAGGAAGCAGAAAGGACUUGGAAAUGGAAGAACUUGCAUGACUUUUGUCUUUGUCGCAGAUUUUUUGUUCUUGUGUUCUUGAUUUUUUUUUUCUCUCACAUUUUUUUUUAGUAUUUUUUGGAAAGCAAGUUAAGAGAAAAGUGACUGAACAAUUUAAUCCUAUGUAAGUUGUCGCUAAAAGCCUGGGAGGAAAGAUAAUAUUAUCGAAUAAGCUCAAACACUAGAAGAGACCUAGUUUGCUUGCUGUGGCACAACCCCAGAGCUGGCCCAAGGCGAAAGGGAACUGAGUUACUGCUGAGGACAUCCAGGCCAGCAGGAGGCCCUCAAGAGAGUCUCAGUUUGCGUCGAUGUUUGAACUGUGGAUCUGGGACUGAAAUAACACCCAAUUUAACUAUGUUUCAGAUGCAAGUUGCUAACUGUUGUAUUAAUAGAGUAACAAAGUGAAACAGAAUACUGUAAAAUGCUGUAACUUUAUUCAUUUUUAACCUUAAUGAUAAUGUCAUUUAAAAGAUCAUUACAUGCGCUUUCAAAUACAUUUGUUUUGACAUAUAAUAUAUUCCAUAAAUAUACCUCAUAUUUGAGGUGACAUGUCAGUCAGUGGCUAAUAGGCUUAGCUGUAAGUGGGCUCCCAAAUCACAUUCUGCUUUGGGCUCCUAAAACCUUUGGCCAGCUCUGGAACAUCCUGAAACUUAAACCUAGUUAGAGUCGUAGUCAUGCUAGUCGCCUGCAGAAGCAGGAAGCCUUAAAUUUCAUGCAGUAUCUCAUCUUAGAGAUCACAUCACUACAGCUUGCAAAUUCUGCGCUCACAUUGCUUGAUUCUUGGAAAACUUUUUUCUUUCUGAUGUUUUUCUUUUUCUUGCUUUUGGCUGUAAUCAAUCAAACACCCUUGAAAUUUUAGCUCACAACAAACAAAAGGUGAUUGUAACGUUGGUGUCGCUUAAAAAAGAACCUUAAAGAAGAUCAUUUGGACCCUCAGAAACCUGAAAUAUCUAACGUACAUUCCAGUUUCUGAAUAUUUGGGAAUGUUCUUUUUUUCUUCUUAGUUUCUUUCACCUGAAAAAUCUCUUAAGUCGUAUUUAAAGUAUGUAUUGGACUGGUGACCAACUUUAUGAUCACCUUGUGAGCUAAUUACAAAUGUGAUUUGUUACUGUAACAGGAGAAGAUUUUUUUUUAGCUGGCUUUUACUGUCUGCACUGUUGUAAUUAAAGAAAAUGUAUCAGAUAUUUUACAUCCACUUUAAGAUAAUGAGGGACCCUUCUUUUUUUGUAUUGUCGUUCUUGCGCUUGCUUGCGUGCUUUUGUUUUUUUUCUCAAAAAUGUAAAUCUAUGUAUAAAAGCAGAAGAAAAUACCUCAGAACUGUGUUAAUUACAUUUAAUGCGUUGGCCACAGCCCUGGACGUUUGCACCCUGACCUUCCAUCUUAAUCAGAGAAAAAGCAAAGUGAAUUGAAGAGCAGAAGAACACAUUUUUUUGGGCGUUAUAUGCGUUUUUGCUUUUCUGGAUUCUGCCAAAAACAGAACAGAGCUACUGGAACAUCAGCCCCAGUGUCCUUGUAUCUGUAUAUCCCUCCUUGUGAUUCCCCUUUCAACCUUUUUUACCCUGUUCUAUGGCACUGACGUGCUUGAUUAUAUAAAUGGACAUUGUAUAAUUGGUGAUUCUUGCAGCCAAGUAACACAGACUCUUUUUCAUAAAAGUGACCAUUUAAACAACAACUAACAAACAUAAAAAAAAAAAAAACGUGUAAGACGUUUUGUUGUGAACUUUUUUGACAUUCACUGAUAUAUUCUGCGCUGUUGUGGUCCGUAUUCAUACAACAGCUACCAUGUAUUCUCCCAUUUAGCCAUUACAGAAGACCAGGAGGACGAUGAUGAAGAUGGGGACUCAGACUACAAGACCUUUGUCCAUUUAUCUUCUCUACUGGAUGGAUAAGCUCCCAUCAGUAUAGAGGGGGGAACUUUUCUUAGGACAAGGAAUCAUGUCCAUACUGUACAUUAUGUGUAUGCUUAUUUAUUUUUUAAUGAAAAAAGGAAGUAUACAUAUAGUUCAGUCUGCUAGAUGUUUAUUUAUACUGUUUUUGUGUUUUAUAAUUUAUACAUUUACAUUGUCCGGCUUUCACUUAUCAUCAUAUAUUCCCCCCGUUUUUGUUGUUGUUAUUUUACUUUCUUUUUUACCAUGAAGAAUUAUAUCUGUCCAAAGAAAAACAGUGUUAUUUAUUUGUCAUUUUACCAUGUAAGUAUAAGUCAUCUACAAGCUGUAAAUUGCAUUCCCUGAGCUGUAAAAACCUGCUUGUUUCUGUCAAAUCUCUAUCACAGAUGUUUAUGUCACACAUACAUAAAUGCAUGUUUAGGCUGUGUGUUUAUUUAUUGGGUAUAUAUAUCAAUCAUUUUAUGUACAUAAUUUUCUUUGUUUGUUUACAGCUAUCAUAACUGACCAAAGGGGUUCUCUCACUGGUUUGAGCAUUGCAAAUGGCGCAGGAAUGAAAUAGAAAAAAAAAGAGAGCCAAUUGUGUUUCUUUUCUCAUACUUAGAAUAUUUUCAUUGUGGUUUCAGUCAUUUAGAUUUCUUUUUAAAACCUGAAAAUGUGAUUCCACAGCAUUUAGAUAGUCUCACAACAUUGAAGCAUAGUCAAGAUUUUGGACAAUACUUGAUCAUUUUGGAAACAAUGUGCCAUUAACAUUUGUGAACUGUCUUCUUGCCAAUGUGCUCCGUAUUGCUCUCACAGAGUGACAGUAGGAUUACUUCUCUGCAGUACUCUACUUUGUACCAGACUCCUUUACCUUGUUUGUUUUUCCAUUUUUCCCUCUGAUUUUUUGUUUUUAUUUUCAAACAUCACUAGAGAAAUACAAAAUUCUGUUAUGAAUAUAUAGUUUUGUAUUUUUAUGUAAAUGUCAUAUGUACAUACAAAGUUUGAUGGUAUUUGUACAGAUAUGAGGAGUGAAACAAUAAAAUCUUUUCCUUAUAACUU